AUGGCUUCCACCGCUGCUGCUGAAGUUAUUGGCGACAACAAAGAAUUGGCCGUGGAGAUCCUUCAAUAUCUGCCGGCAAAAUCCCUCAUUUGGUUCAACGGCAACAAGGACCCGGUGGUGGAGAUCCUUCAGUAUCUACCGGCGAAAUCUCUCAUUCGGUUCAAGUCGGUCUCUAAAGCAUGGCUCUCUUUCAUCUCCCCUCCUGGCUUCUCUCUCCUCUGGCAAUCCCAUCAUCAUCCCAAAGUCUCCGGCCUUGUCUUCAACCCUAGAUCCAGAACUGAAACCAUCAAAUACAUUCCUCUCACUCACUCCGAAGACUUGAGGAAUCAAUGUGAUAUUGCAGCCGUUAUUAAUGGUGGAGAAGAAAAUAGUUCACCACCUCUCUUUCGUCGUGCUAUGUAUGCUAGAAUCAUAGACUCUCGUAAUGGUUUUCUACUCGUCUCUUUUAAUAAGAAGCAGAGCUGUAGUUCUGAUUGGAGGCGGUCGUACCACGUUUAUGAUCCGACUACCAAGCAAUUCUCUACUCUUCCGAGGCCUUUCCCAGUCACUUUCACUUCUUCCCUUGGUGACAAUGUAUAUUUGGUUUUCGAUCCUUUAAAAUCACUUCACCACAAAGUUGUUUUGGUUCAGGCUUCAGAGCCUGGUAGUGCCUGCUUGAUUCAAAUACAUAUUUAUUCAUCGGAAACCAAUGACUGGUGGAGAUCACCACUGGAUGAUGAUAUUGGUGAUUUUCAUCCUUUCCCGAAAUCAUUAAAUAAUUCAUUAAAUAGCGUGGACUUGGACUUGAAUGGAGGAGUCUUUUGCAAUGGUUCCAUCCAUUGGUUUUCUUGCUACUCACAAAAAACUAACUUGUACUUUGACGUAGAUCAAGAAAGAUUUCGCCCAAUGCCUUCUCCGCCAUAUGCUGCAUGUUUUAAAUGGCAUUUUGGGGAGUCUGGAGGUCAUUUGCAUUAUAUUAGAUAUUAUGAUAAUAUGGGAUUCAAUGUCAAUGUCUCUGAGAUGGAAAGUGAUUACUCCAAGUGGACAACCAAGUAUCGAGUUUGCAUUAAUAUGACGACGAUGGUUGUUGAUCUUGCAUUAGAGGAGAUGAAGAUGGUUGUCUGCAACAGUAUUACAGCGCUUAGUUUAAUCCAUGGUGAAGAUGAAGGGGAUGUGUUUUUGGUACUUGUUGUACGCACCAAGAUGAUGAAUUAUACAAUCAUCUCCUACAACAUUAAGGAGAACACCCUUAAGAAACUUGGUGAUGUAUCACGCUGUCAUGUUUCGUGGCAUGAUCGUUGUUCGUGGACACCACACCCUUGUAUCCAUAGUUACAUUGAGACACUAUUUCCUGUUUGA